CAGCCAGUUUUGCAGGAGUCGUGGACUGGCUCGCAGUCGGUGGCUGCGGCAGCGUCGAUAUUUCCUGUCAGCAGCUCAGAGCAGAGCCGAAGCGAGGGCGGAGGAGGCGAGGCGUGGAGCGGAGCGGAGAGGAGAGGGAUGGCAGAGAACAGCUCCGAGACAAGCGGCUCCGUUCCUCGGAGAUGUCCGACCCAUUCUUCCCCGGGGGAGAGAAAUGCUUCAGCGGGUGUCGGAGCUUCCAAGUGGAUACGGUUAAAUGUUGGGGGGACGUAUUUUUUAACGACAAGACAGACGCUGUGUCGAGACCCCAAAUCAUUUCUGUACAGACUUAGCCAAGCGGAUCCCGAACUCGACUCGGACAAGGAUGAAACUGGUGCCUAUCUCAUUGACAGAGACCCUGCAUACUUUGGGCCAGUGCUGAACUACUUGAGGCAUGGCAAACUGGUGCUCAACAGGGACUUGGCAGAGGAAGGUGUUUUAGAAGAAGCCGAGUUCUACAACAUCACAUCAUUAAUAAAACUCAUCAAGGACAAGAUCAGGGAACGUGACUGCAAAACAUCACAGGUUCCAGUAAAGCAUGUGUAUCGGGUGCUGCAGUGCCAGGAGGAGGAGCUGACACAGAUGGUGUCCACCAUGUCUGACGGCUGGAAGUUUGAGCAGCUUGUCAGUAUAGGUUACGGGCGGGCCCACCAGUCAGAGUAUCUGCUGAUUGUGUCAAGGGAGGUGAAGGGAGAGGAGUCUACUUUGCCAAACAACAGCGGAGAGCUCGUCAGUAUCGGCUCCUCUUACAACUACGGAAACGAAGACCAAGCUGAGUUCCUGUGUGUGGUCUCCAAGGAGUUACACAAUCAAUCAUACGGGACCAACAGUGAGCCCAGCGAGAAGGCAAAGAUUCUUCAGGAACGAGGCUCCCGGAUGUGAGAAGCACUCAGUAUUAGGAGCUCCAGGUGUUAAUGAUGCAGCCGAAUCAUAUCUGUGGAAGAGCGUUGAGCACAAUGGAGAUUUAGGGUGCGGGGAGGGGGUGUGUGCAUUUAUUUGUCUUCCCUCCACUUUUUAUUUUUUAUUUCUUGAUGUAAAUAAGUCUGUUUACUGACAAGUCGUGCCUGUACAUUUAAACUGGACCUUUUCUUUUUUUGAAUUGGCGGCAAGUAUUUUGAAUUUUAUUUUAUUAUUUUUUUCUUAUCUGCAAGUGAGGAAUUGUAAUCUACUAAUGUUUUAUGCUAUGAAACAUGGCCAUCAUCACAUAGGGCCAAUUAGUCUCUCAGGGUCAUCUAAUGGGUUUGUAAUAUCGUUCAACUCUGGGGUCUUGUAAGGGAUCAAAGUGGUUUUUAAUAACUCCUAGUAUCAAAACAUGAAAUCAAUGCUUGGAGGCAUCAAGAAGGGAAUUGUGCUUUUACACCAUAAUGAGCUAAUUCAACCUAUCGGAUACAAAAAAAUCACCUGACAAAAUGUCUAUCCAAAGAUUUUGAACAUUUAAAAAGACAACUGUGAUCACCAGGGUCCCGGUGGUUAAUUUUAUUUAUUUUUUCCUCUAUUCUCCCUAUCCGUUAGUGGAAACGUCGCUGUGAUGCAAGCAGCAAAAUACCUAAAAGCUCCCCUCUUACAUUGGAGAGUCCGCUAGGGAUAUUGCAUCAGUUCUUGAUCAGUUUAAGGGCGAUUGAGUAAAAGCAAGGGCCGGUAGAAGUGUAAGACGAUCAGUUUAAAGAUACAUGCGAUUAAACAAAAAUUUCUAAUCUGAUCCAGCUGCUCUUAUUUCAAACAGAUUACCAUUAUGUAUACAAAUGUCUUGGCUUAAUUAUGAUGCAUAAAAGCUAAAAUAUUAAAUAAACGACCCCCUAAUUAAGGCGCCUAUCGAGUCCACUAUUCUUAAUCUGCUCUUCAUAAGGUAAACGCAACAACAAGCUAACAUUAGCUGAGUAAUUAGGCUAUAUCUUCUGAUAACUAUCCUGCAGUCUAGUACAGACAUCCUGCUUACAGCUCGCAGAUAUAUUUUUAAAACAACCUGAAAUACUGCUAGACUAAUAUCUAUUUGCUUGCUUUCAGCCAGCUGACCAACAGUGCACAGGUCAUAAAUGCGAACUCCACACCUCAGGUGAACUCAAACCUUAGAAACAGAGUUACAUGAGAUUUUAAAAUACUUUUGACCGGCCCAUGUUUGUACUACAGGAUCAUGACCUUCAUAGUUUCUGUUUUUAACAAAUCAAAAAGUUUUAAAAUACGAAGAUGUGUCAGAAAGAGUACUUUGUAGCAUACCUUGAACUGUGGGGUUUAGAGGAGUAAUUUAAUUUUGCUAGUAUGUAUAAUUCUGAAAUGAACUGCCAAAAAAAAAAAAAAAUAUUGAAAUGUGAAUUAUUUUAUGGAAUAUUUUUUUAUUCAGCGAUUAUUGACCUCUUGAAGAAAGUUAGGGUAAAUGUCUUCUUUUCCUCACUCCAGUGAUAUCAGAGUUCCCUUUAAGUUGUUUCUUUUAGUGCUUAAGGGAUCGUCCUUCAUUUUUCCUGAGGAGGAAAUACACUGCGGCUGGACUGGAACCGUUUCAGGCGGAGGUGCAGGACUCCCUUCAUAUCAACAUGAUUUAGUCUCCGUGUAAAUAGCAAAAACUCCAGCUUGAUAUUUAAAUCAUUUUAAGAAAAAGCUGCACGUUUUGUACACUGUAUAGAGAACACGACUUCAAAGGGAGGUAGUUUAUACUUUUUGGUUUUAAUUAUUA